GUGUGUUGCAGGUUCGCAUACGUCUGACAGGCAUGUCAAACGCGGGUUGCGGGCAUCGCUCAUAUGAUCGCCCUCACCAUCAUGUCAAGGCUGUCCAGCGUUCCGACAUCGCGAUUCGCCUUUGCAUACAUAUGGGAUCGACCGAGUCGGAAUAAGUCGUCGAUCCUGGGCUCUUCUGCGUCCCUCAUUUGACUCUGCGAGCUCGCAGCCUUCGCGUUUGACGUGCCUUGUACUCUGACUCUCACCGUGUCACGAUGGCUGCCCCCGGGAAAUUCGACCCAAACAACGCACAGAACCUCGUUGAGAUCGAGAAACAGUUCGCAGUGAAGGCGGUCGAGCAUGCUCAGACCUACUGGAAUAUUCUUGAGAAGGUCUCGCCCCGCGAGCUCAAGCUCACCAAGAUCGACGACGAGAUCUUCGAGCACACCAUAACGGACUUCCCAGAGCUGAAGGAGGACAACUACGCGAAGCUCACUGUCUUGGACGAGGAGUGGAUGAAGAGCAAGGAUGGGAAGGAGCGGUGGCGGAAGUUCAUCGAGACGUAUGAGAAGAAGGUGAAGGACUACAACUUCGGCUCGCUCAUACGGACGGACGCGCGGGAGGAGUAUGGGGAAAGGAACACGAUCUUCGUGACACGGAUACAGUUCUACGCAUUCGAGAUCGCACGCAACAGGCUCGGCCUGAACGACGCCGCACACGAGAUCGCGAAGAAGGAAGCCGAGAAGGAACGCCAGAAGGCCGAAAGGGAGAAGGCGAAGAAAUCCUCGUGA